AUGAUGACCAUGAAAGAUCCUUCUUGCCGAUUUUGUGGCACAUUCUUCUUUCUCUGCUGGUUUCUGAUUCAGAACUGGACCGCAUCGCUGGCGACUUGUAGGAAGAAAUCGGUCGCAGUUUGGGACAACGUCUUGUCAGUCGAUAACCGAAAUCAACUUCACAAAGCGACAAGCCAAUUGGGUUCAAGUCGCCACUUCUUAUUCCAAAGGCCAAUCGAUCCGCAAAAGAGCGGAAUGAUAGAAAAAACCCUUGAUUCCAUUCUCACUGAAAUGGAUGAUGAUUCCAAGUAUGUCGAAUUUUGGACUCGGCAAGAGUGGAGGUCAAUCGAAGCCCAUGCAGACGUCGACGAAAUGCUUGCAAAAUCGGAAGAUGCAGAGGGGAACAGUCGGGACAAACCUUUUCGCUUUCCGAUCAACGGACACGUUUUAUAUCUUCAAGUAGGGGAUGAAGUUAGAGGGCCGACUUGUGUCUUUCCAGGUAGGCAGUCGGGUGGGGACUUGCUGACAGCUGCAAAAGGUUAUGGUAAUAAUGAUAAUGAGGGAGUCGAACUGGUUUCCGUUCCUGCUGUUCCUGGACGCCUCCUUCGCUUCCAAGGAGAUUAUCUACAUGCGGUCCCACGCCCACAUGACUUGUGGUUUCGAAAGUUUAUUCAAGGAGCCCCGAGCUACAGCCCUGAAGAAACGUGGGGUCGCAGUGUAGUUCUAUUCAAUACUUGGGGCGAUGAUCCACCUGUUGAUGUGCAGAGCCGCUCGGCAAUCGCUGGUGAUGAAAUUGUAUCCAGUCACCCCCUCUGUGAAUCUCAGUCGGCGUGGAUUGAUGCAUACGAUGAGACCGAAGCAAACUCCGGCGGCACAUGUAUUAAUACAGAUUCUGAAAUCGAGUACGUCAAAGCCAAGAUUUGGCUUCUAGGAAACGAAAGAAGGAGAAGUUACCAGAUGCGGACAGUACCAUUGCUGGCUCCAGGAGAACUAGCAGCAACCCUAGGAGAAGAAUCAGCUGUGCGAAGAACCAACAUGCAACAAAGCUAG